AUGCCCACCCCAGGGCAAUCAUUCGUCGGAGGAGCCAUCGCCAGCUCGAUAGCCGUGUCCAUCCUCUACCCACUCAUUCUCACCAAGACGCUCAUCCAGGCUGCACGCGCAGCAGAGGCUUCCGAAGGCAGGACCAUGUCCCCUGCAGAGGCGAAGCGAUCGGCGACGGUCCGGGGCGUUCUCGUGAAGACGUAUCAGGAGGGUGGGGUGGCGGCGCUGUAUCGAGGGCUGCAGUCGCAGAUCAUGAAGGGGAUCAUCACACAGGGAGUCGCACUGAUGGUUAAGCAACGAAUCGAGCAGCUUGUGGUUCAGGCCUAUAUGCGGCGGAAGGGACUUGCUCGCUAGCCUGCCGUCACGCAUUUCCUCUGCCUUCGCCAAUGUCAACUGGAUCCUCAUUACUAGACUUCGCCAGUGAUCUUCCGCUCCAUCGCGUUAUAAAUUAUAUCGAUGUGGCCACGGCCUAUGAUCGCAAUAUGUCCUAGCUAUUCCUACACUCGAGACGGGUGGUAUUCCUCCUCAUGCACCGCUGUUUCAC